CAGGCACCAAAGAAGGACAAAGUCCCACCACCAUCCUCUAAACCCGCCAAAUCCGGUGGCGGAAAGCAGAAAAAGAAGAAGUGGAGCAAAGGAAAGCAAAAGGAGAAGGUGAACAACAUGGUUCUGUUCGAUCAAGCAACUUACGACAAGCUUAUGUCUGAAGCUCCUAAGUUCAAAUUGAUCACUCCUUCGAUUCUCUCUGACCGUCUUCGGAUCAAUGGGUCGCUUGCUAGAAAGGCGAUAAGAGAUUUGAUGGUGAAAGGCACGAUAAGGAUGGUUUCUACUCACUCAAGUCAGCAGAUUAACACUAGGGCUACUUGCUUGACUUAA